AAGAGAACAAAAUAAUGUGGAUUGAGAGUUGCUAUAAAAUAAGAGAGAUCGUCUGUGUUGUUCAAUUCACUGGCGUGGUUAAGAAAACAGGAAAUGAUUUCAUUACUAACAAUAUCGGACAGUCUCGUACUGGCUGGCCUUUUUCUCUUCUUCUCCCUCCCACUUUAUCUCAAACUCAAAAGAGGUAGCAAACUCAAUCUGCCUCCCUCGCCACCAAAGUUACCAAUUAUUGGCAACCUUCAUCAGCUUGGCAAACUACCUCACCGCUCUCUUCUUGCCUUAUCUCGUAAGGAUCCCAAGUACUGGGACAGACCAGAAGAGUUUCUGCCAGAGAGGUUCGAGAACUGUCCGGUUGACUUCAAUGAUCAGGACUUCAAAUAUUUCCCGUUUGGUGGUGGACGAAGGGCUUGUCCUGGCAUGCCAUUUGGCAUUGCUGUUGUGGAAUGCAUUGUUGCCAACCUUUUAUAUUGGUUUGAUUGGAAGUUGCCUGGCGGUGAAACUGAGAAAUUGGACAUGGAUGAAGCUUUUGGGCUAACAAAUGGCAAGAAAUUCCCCCUUCAUCUUGUACCAAUUCUGCACUUUCCUUGAUUUGUACUUAGCCAUGCUUGUCCUUUUUUUUUUUGGGUGUUUUCUAAAGGGUUAGCUAUACAACAAGGAUAACCCUUUUAUUUCUCAAAUCUCUUUCAUUUGUCUCAGCUCUCAAGGUUCAAACUUUAGAACUCUUGCUUGUGCUUGUGUUAUAAUGUGUACUUCUUCCAUGGCUAAUAUUUAAUGUUGUCUACUGGAAUUUCUAGUUUCUACCCACUAUAAGUUUCUAUGGAAAUAAAGAUGUUUUGUGUUA